AGCACUCCCGUCAGCAGCACCUCCUUCGACAAGAUGAAGCAGGACAAGCGGUACACGCCGGCCAACAAGGUGCCCGACGAGGUGCUGUCGGCCAUGGGCAGCGACGAGAUAUUCUCCCCGGGCUUCAGCAUCAAGGGGCAGGCGUUGGCGGGGAGGGCGUCCUACCUGGACAUGCAGGCGACGACGCCGAUGGACCCGCGUGCCCUGGACGCCAUGAUGGAGUACCAGCUAGAGCGCUACGGUAAUCCCCACUCGAGGACGCACGCCUACGGGUGGGAGAGCGAGGCCGUCGUCGAGAAGGCCAGGGAGCAGGUCGCCAAUCUUAUCGGGGCCUCUCCCAAGGAGAUUAUUUUCACUUCGGGGGCGACGGAGUCGAACAACAUGUCCAUCAAGGGGGUGGCGCGGUUCUACAAGGGUCGCAAGAAGCACAUCAUCACCACGCAAACGGAGCACAAGUGCGUCUUGGACAGCUGCCGUGCGAUGGAGCAGGAGGGCUAUGAGGUGACGUACCUCCCCGUGCAGUCGGGGAGCGGGUUGGUGGACCUUGACGAGCUCGCCGCGGCCAUCAGACCGGACACGGUGGCGUGCUCCGUGAUGGCGGUCAACAACGAGAUCGGCGUGGUGCAGCCGCUCAAGGAGAUCGGAGAGAUCUGCCGCAAGAACAAGGUCUUCUUCCACUCGGACAUCGCGCAGAUGCUGGGGAAGAUGCCGAUCAGCGUGGACGACUUCAAGAUGGACCUCGCGAGCCUCUCUAGCCACAAGAUUUACGGCCCCAAGGGAAUCGGAGCUCUGUACGUCCGUCGCCGGCCGCGAGUCCGCCUGGACCCGGUCUUCUCUGGCGGGGGGCAGGAGAGGGGCCUUCGAUCGGGCACUCUUCCUCACGCUCUCUGCGCCGGGUUCGGCAUGGCCUGCCAGGUGGCGCAAGAAGAGAUGGACGUGGACAAGGAGUGGGUGGACCACCUGUCGAAGCGCAUGUACGACGCCGUGAUGACGCGCAUCCCGGACGUUACCCUUAACGGAGACGCCGACAGGAGGUACCCGGGGAACCUGAACUUCUCCUUCGCUUACGUGGAGGGUGAGUCGUUGCUGAUGGCGCUGAAGAACAUCGCGGUGUCGAGCGGCAGCGCGUGCACGUCGGCCUCGCUGGAGCCGUCUUACGUCCUCAGAGCCAUCGGGGUUGAGGACGACCUAGCGCACACCAGCAUGCGAUUCGGGAUCGGUCGAUUUACCACCGAGGAGGAGGUGGAUUUCGCGGUGGAGUCGCUUGCGCACCACGUGGACCGGCUGCGGUCCAUGAGCCCGCUCUGGGAGAUGGUCCAGGAGGGCAUCGACAUCAAGAGCAUCCAGUGGUCGCAGGACGCUCACUAGAGACGGAUGUCAUGCUGCAUGGUUGUCUCAACUGCUGUGUUUUCCGACGGCGCUUCUUGCCGGGAUUUGAUUCUGAAUAAGCAGCGCUAUCGAGAGAGAGAGAGAGCGAGGAUGGAGAGCAUCCUGUCGUCACAAGAUGCUCACAGGAGAGACAGGAUGCUCACAGGAGAGACAGAUGAUUUCAUGCUGCCACGUCUGUCUCAACCGUGUUCCGAAAGCGCUUCACCGUUGUUGGCAUUGAUUUUCAACAGGCAGCGGUAUUGAGAGAGAGAGAGAGAGAGAGAGAGAGAGAGAGAGAGAGAGAGAGAGAGAGACGGGAUGAAGAAAAUCUAGGUGUCGACGCUCGUUGGAGGCGGACGUAUAUUCGAAAUCAUGCGUACACGCGUGCCACGCCUUUUCUGUCUUUCUGUCUCUUUCGUCCCUCUUUGGGACUCGCUUUGGUUCAGCAGCGAGCGGUACUUACUUAUCGACAGGGGGAGGGGGCGAGGAGCACCCCAGUUGUCGCAAACGAGCUAACGACAGUAGUGAGAAGAGGUUUAAUCCUCGACAGCGGGGUCGAGAUUGCCUAGAGCCUGGAGGAUGCUCACGGAGAGAGGGGAGGGGGGGCACCGCAUGAUGAGCGCACGGAUCAGUGUAGACAGACGCACCAGGCCACGUGUAGAGAUGAAGCGAUCCUAUAC